AUGGCGCAAUUCGACGAGAACAAGGCGUACGCCAAGAAGGAGGAGGUUUUCUUCGACGACGGCCGCGAGAUCGAACUGCUGCACUUUGUCUAUGGCAGACCAAACAUCGACGAGAUCCGCGGCUCUCCGGCGCGCGUCCUGGCCGCCAUUGAUGACUUUGCCCGCACCAGGUAUCUCAUGAACGUCGGCGAGGACAAGGGCAGGAUAGUGACCGACUUGAUUGCCGAGGUCAAGCCCAAGCUCAUGGUGGAACUGGGAGGCUACGUCGGCUACUCGUGCAUCCUCUUCGGCGAUGCUGUGCGCAAAGCCGGCGGAAAGCGCUACCUCAGCCUCGAGCGCAAUCCUGAGUUCGCUGCCGUCAUUGCGUCGCUGGUGGAUCUUGCGGGCCUGAGCGACGUUGUCAAGGUGAUCGUUGGCUCGAGCGAGGCCUCGAUAAAGAGGCUGCAUGCGGCGGGCGAGCUGCAGCAUAUCGACCUCAUGUUCCUCGACCACUACAAGCCCGCGUACACGACCGACUUGAAGCUGUGCGAAGAGCUCAAGCUAAUCGCGCCGGGCUCUGUUCUCGCCGCCGACAACGUCAUCACACCGGGCAACCCGCCAUACCUUGAGUAUGUCCGGAGCAGCGUCGAGCGCAAGAGAACAGCCGCCACGGCCAACGGCACGGUGGGUGCGGACGGCGUCGACACGCGUUUCACAGACCGGACGUCCAAACAGUACGUCGCACGAGAAGGCGAAGCCAAGCUCGACACGACCCGCACGGGCAACCCGAACCUGGUCUAUGAGAGCAAACUGGUGAAUAGCUUUGAACCCACCGGUGAAAAGGAUGGCGUGGAGAUUACUCGAUGCGUCGGAGUACAGGGCUAG